CUUUCAAGUGUUCUUCCUCGACUCCCCUUCCUCCUCCUCUUCUUCUUCUUCCUCUUUACCCUUUAAAAAAAAAAAAAAUUAGAGAUGGAGGGCUCAAGCAAAUUCAUAGAGAGAUCAAAGCCGUACAUCGCCAUGAUCUGCCUGCAAUUUGGCUAUGCCGGCAUGAAUAUCAUCACCAAGGUUUCCCUUAACAGAGGAAUGAGCCAUUAUGUUCUUGUCGUCUACCGUCAUGCCUUUGCCACUGCAGUUAUUGCUCCCUUCGCUCUCCUUCUCGAGAGAAAAGUGAGGCCAAAGAUCACAUUUCCCAUUUUCAUGCAAAUUUUCAUUCUGGGUCUUCUUGGGCCUGUGAUUGAUCAAAACUUCUACUACGCUGGGCUGAAAUUCACAUCACCAACCUUCUCCUGUGCCAUGAGUAAUAUGCUUCCUGCAAUGACAUUUGUCAUGGCAGUUCUCUGCAGGAUGGAGAAGGUGGAUAUGAAGAAAGUAAGAUGCCAGGCAAAGGUGGUGGGAACAAUAGUGACAGUGGGAGGAGCCAUGUUGAUGACAUUAUACAAAGGGCGUGUGAUUAAUUUCUUCUGGUCUGAUCACAUUCACCUUCACAACUCAUCUUCUUCAAACCCUACAAGUGCCGCCUCAUCUGACAAGGAGUGGCUCAAGGGUUCUAUUCUUCUCAUCUUGGCCACUCUUGCUUGGGCUUCAUUCUUCAUUUUACAGGCAUUGACCCUGACGAGGUAUACAGCUCAGCUCUCACUUACAACCCUUGUCUGCUUUGUGGGCACCCUACAAUCUAUAGCAGUCACCUUUGUCAUGGAACAUAAAUCCUCUGUUUGGUCCAUUGGCUGGGACAUGAACCUUCUAGCUGCUGCCUAUGCUGGUAUUGUGACAUCAAGUAUUGCAUACUAUGUUCAAGGGCUAGUCAUGCAGAAAAGAGGGCCGGUCUUUGUCACUGCUUUCAGCCCUCUCAUGAUGAUCAUUGUAGCAAUUAUGGGAUCUUUUAUUCUCGCGGAAAAAAUCUAUCUUGGAGGAGUUCUCGGUGCCGUUCUGAUCGUGAUUGGACUUUACUCUGUUCUUUGGGGAAAAUACAGAGAGUACAGAGAAAAAGAAGCAGAGGAAAUCCCAGAACCCAUAAAGUACUGCAAUGGAGAAAAUGGACACAGCACAGUAAUAAUUAUUUUAGACGAGAUCAAGGAAGACGACGACUUGGAAGUGCAGAAGAAGCGCUGUGAAGGUAGCAGCAACGGCGGUUCAGAGGUUGCAGUGGCUGUCACUUCUGGGAAAUUACAAGCUCCUAUGUUAGCAUUGGAGGCACCAAAAGCUUGAGUACAUCAGUUUUGUAGGAGACCAAAACAGAGCAGAGGAA